CCCGUGUCGGUGGUUCAAGGCCCUAGACUCAAGAGAGCCUCGCCGGUCCCUUUUUUAUUCUCGUAACUGUGCACGCGACAUUUCUCCGGCCUGGGACUCGUGGGCAAGGGUCCUUCGUUUGCCUCAUUCAGCUGUGACGGGGCUAUCUAAAACAUCGACUAUUGCUCACUCUCUAAGCGUGUUCUGUCCGCGUCCGCCCGCAGUCUGCCAUUCAUUCAUUUAUCGCCGGUCUCCGCAGGAUACUACUUCUAUUGUCUCUCGUCGACGAACCGCCACGGGAACGAUACCUCCUCACUCUUUAGGAACGACUCGGAUUUGAGCAUGCUUCGAUAGCCCUCCAUCAAUCGUGAAUACUUGGAACAAACGGCCAAAUUGGAGAUGCGGUUGCUACGACUCUGCGGGUUGCUAGCGGCGGCCACCGGACUCGUCCGCGGCGAUGCCGACUUUAUGAGUGUACGAACUAGUAUGGCGAAGGAUUAUAGUGGGAAAGGAGGUGACCCUGCAGAGAAAUACUUUCAUGAAUCUACAUUCCAUCCUCACUACGAUGGCCGUUUCGCCUCUGAGACCUUGCCGGAGACGGAGAGUUUGCCGCACUUGACCGCCCUCAUGCAGACGUACCUAUCGACCAUGGCCGACUUGGGAGCCGAAACAUGGAUUAUGCAUGGAACAUUGCUAGGCUGGUGGUGGAACCAGAAGAUUCUGCCAUGGGAUAGUGACCUCGACGUUCAGGUCUCAGAGCCGACAAUGCACUUCCUGGCCGAUUAUUACAACAUGACGGAGCACCAUUUCAACCUCCCCGGCGUCAAGGGUGGGCGCACAUAUAUGCUCGAGGUUAAUCCACACUACACCAUCCGGUCCACUCAUGACGUUCUCAAUGUCAUCGAUGCGAGAUGGAUCGACACGUCGUCGGGCUUGUUUAUCGACAUAACGACCGUACGGGUGAAUGAGGAAGCGCGUGCUCGGGGCCGUCUAGGCGCGUUGAUAUGCAAGGACAAGCAUCAAUACGAUGAGACCGACAUCUUCCCGCUGCGCGAUAGUCUCUUUGAGGGUGUCGUUGUGAAGAUUCCGUAUGAGUAUACGAAACUGCUAGAGGAAGAAUAUGGCAGCAAAGCCCUUACCGUGACCAAAUUCGAGCAUCACAACUGGAACGAGGAAACGAAGCUAUGGGAGCCAGAGUGGGACACGAAGAGAGGAAUCACCAAACGAUCACGAAUCUUCCGCGCGACUGAAGGGGUACCUGUCCGAUCGACGCCUCUCAGCCACCGACUCGAGUGAUGAGAAUUCGUGCUAUUUCGAUCAGACCUUCCAUCUAUCUGUUUUUUUUCUAAUUCGAUUUCCUCCGUUCUAUCUAGCAGGAGAUAUAUACCCACGUCGAUCUAAUGUUUA